CCAAUACCUGCGGCAGGCCGGACCGUGUCACGUGCCACGGGCUGGAACUCUUGAAGAAGUUAAAGGUUCUUGUUAACAUUCACCACGGCACAAUCACAACAACGAUGUAUCUCUCGUCGUUUGCUACCUCAAGUUCUCAGGAUAAUUAACUCGUCGCACGUUCUAUGUUGAUAUCAUUCAUCCUAUUAUUUCUUCCUUUCCUUGAAGGUAUAGAUCCAAAACCUAGCAGUCACCUCUUUCUUUGGUGUUCCCAUGAAGUAGGCGACCGUCAUACCCGACGUUCUUACGAUUAUAUGCAUGUUUCAAUCAGAAAAGACUACACACCAUCGGGGGUAAUAUGGAUGACUCGAUAUAAGUACUCGCAGAACCGCAUGAAACGAUCCACCGGCUAUACAAGAAAUAACAUCCGAACAAAGUGCAAGAUGAAACGCCGGUUAGUUCUCAUGACAGUGGGAGAAGAGGGGAAGCCUGUGUGAUAACGAGCUCGGCACCAGGAAACUGAUAAUUAAUGGAGUAGAGCGUUUGACCGGGAGGUCGGUUUCAAGUACCAGUUUGUUCCUACGGUGAUUGUGGACGAGAGAACCACGAAUGCAAGUAGAUGGAUGAAGGGAUUGAUUAGGAGAGUAA